AUGCCAAAUCUGAUGUCUAGUAAGGUGUUAGACGAUAUUACAGGAUCCAGAAAUGAUAGUAACGAGGAAAAGAAUAGUUUAGAAUCUAGUAAAACGUUGAUAGUUCAUGAUGGUGAUAGCUCAUCGCAUGAAAAGGAUGACGAGGAACUAAUGAAAGGAAAAAAGCGCGUUGCACCAAAGAGUGGUGAAGAAAAGGGAUGCUGUAUAACUAGUAAUCCAGAGUAUGGCAACAAUGAUAGUAAAAACGUUAGGAAGCAGAGAAAGAAAAGGAAAACUUAUAGCUGUGAUGUAUGUCGGAAACAAAAGACAAGAUGUGAUUAUGAACAACACGUUGGUAAGUGCAGGAGAUGUAGCGUUUUAAGUUUGGAAUGUUCAUUAUCGCAGUAUUGUAAGGACGAGCAGGAUAGAGUUGAUUUGAGAAGUUCACUGUAUCCUUCACAUGUGGAACUGCCGACCGGGAGAAACGUUCCCGAUCAUGGAGAUGUGGGUCCGCCUUUACAAGUGUUAGAUAAAAGGCUACUGUUACUAGAGUCAUAUAUUAAUGACUUGCAUUCCAAAUUUGACAAGGUUGUGAAGCAUCUAGAAGGACGUAGAGAUGUUCGGUUCCCUGGUGACGAGCCGCGUGAUACUAAUUUGCCGUAUUAUGCAGCUCUGUCUGGCACGACGGAAAGGGCUUACCCCAGCAUCCAACCACAUUUUUCUAGUGUUAAUCCUCCAAUUACUUUAUUUCAGCAGGCAGGUCUUCGAGGAACAUCGCAUGAUCAUGUAUUCAGCAAGGGCUUUUUAGAUAGUUUGAAGCUGCAGGAGCCACCUUUUAAAUUGGUGAAUGAUAUAGAUUCCCGUUUCUUUCCGGAGAGCAAAGAAUUAACGAGUAGUAUGCUGUUAGAGAAGCGACAGAGGCCGUUUGUUGUUGCCCGGGAUGGAUUUAUGAGAUAUUUUAAUGAAAAUGAACAGCUCUGUUUGACGUUAUCAAAGGAGUUUUUGGUAAAAUCACACUUUUGGAUUAUACCAGGGGGGAUCAAGGCGAUCGAUAGAGCAUAUGUGGAGGAACAUGCUUUUAUUUCAAGUGUUUUUACUAUGAUUGCGAUGGGUUUUGAUGACAACAACAAAUAUAGCACGGAACAGGAGCUACUAUAUAAUUACAUGGAAGGAAUGCUAACUAGUACUUUAACUAUGAUUGAUAGAUUAACGGAUCAUGAUAUUGAAGCGAUACUUUACUGUUCUAUGUUCAACGUCUCUAGGAAAGCGAAGCGACAUAGGCAAACGCGAUUUCAUUCACUAGGGCUUUCUAAGUUUGCCUUGGACUGCUUAUUGACUAUAAUUGAUUUUCAUAAGAUUAAGGAUCGUGUACUAGUCAAUGAGGAGUAUAAUGCAACUGAUCUAUAUCACUUGAGAAUUCUAAAUUCAUUGUCAGAGUGUUUGCUCCAGUAUUCUAUUGGUUACGGUGAUUUCACGGUUCUGGACGGUACGAUUCGAGAGUUUAACAAACUUACCGCAAAGUUUCCUCAGGCCAAUUUUGGCGAUGAAAUCAAAAUCAGUAAGAUCAACCUAGCUGAAAUUGUAACAGAAAUAUUUCUAUCUUUCAAAUCAUACUUUAAUCGGACAUUGAAGCUAUUCGAUGAUCAGAAUUCUCAGGACGAUUCAUUACUUUUCCCAGAAAUUGAAUAUUGGUUGAGUAACUGGGAUGAAUUAUUAUCCAAAGACGAUGGUGGUGUAUUACAGUUUUCCUAUCAUUUCUACUACAUUAUGAUAUUCCGCACAUUUUUGAUAGAAUUCUAUGACGAAGUUAUGCACAACGAAGCAUUCUACCAAUGCAUGCUAAUGACCAUGAAGAAGUCAUGUUUCUCACUAAUGGAUGAGUUCUUGAGAUUACCUCCUGCACUCAUCAAGGGUGCACCGGUUAUCACUUUGAAUCAGCUUGUUUACGCAUGCUUAACAGUAUACGAUUUCUUAUACUGCUAUGAACUGACUGAAAGGCAGCAGGUGCUUAACAAAUGUACUAAGAUAUAUUGGCAUUUAAAUACCAUUGGUGAGAAAUCAAACGAGGCUACACUACAUGUUGGACAGAUAAUUAAAUCUUUGAUUGACACUGGCCGAGACUUUUCUCAGAAGAGAGUUUCCCCCAACAUCCCAACAGUAAUAUGUAACUUUGAGAAGAGUAUGACAGAUAAAACUUUCCAAGACUCUUUCUCAUUUAGUGAAACUCCCAAUAUUACUCAAGGCUUCCAUACAACGAGCCACUCCGGAAAUUUUAGCAUGCCAGAUGUUGACAAAUUCACUUCCUUCGAGGACUUCUUUCAGAAUUUUUUCAAUCAUUUAAAACCUACUACUCAAAGGUUCCAUCCAUCUAAACCUAAAUAA